AUAAAAAUAAUUUAUUAACAAAUGUUUAGAAUGGAAGUUUCUCAAGCAAAUAUUGAAUUAAAAGAUUUCCCAAACAUUUGUCGAAUUUGUCUCCAAUCUGGAGAAUUUAAAUCCUCUCUCCAAACUAACAUCUUUGAUUCACACAAAACAUGUACCGAUACAUUAAGAAACAUAACAGGCAUAGAGAUGAGAAAAGAUGAUAAAUUACCAACUAAUAUAUGUGAUACCUGUGUGAAACAACUAGAUGAUAUAGAAAUAUUUAUAAAGUUCUGCAAAUGCAACGAUAAUUAUCUCAGAUCUUUAUUAACUGCAGAGGAUAAAGAUACAUUUCAUGCAUCUGACAACCUUCUUUAUGACACUUUUGAUGAAGACAGUUUUGAUGAAAUCGACAACGUAGCACUGUCGGAACGCAAAAUUAAAGUUGAAUCUGAACUUAUAGACAAACCUCCAAAAGAGGAGGGUAAGUUAAAUUUGAAAAGUGAAUUCAAAAGUAGAAAACGAAAAGUAAAUUUGAAGAAAACUGGUAAGCGCAUUGAAGAGUGUGAAUGCAAAAUAUGUGGAAAAAAAUUUACUAGACGAGGAGGAUUGAAACGCCAUUCAAAAACUCAUUUAGGUAUCAAGCCAUUUGAAUGUGAAACUUGUGGUAAGACUUUUGUAGAGAAGGCCACAUUAAAUAGACACUGUUUAAUACACACAGGUGAAAAACCAUUUGAGUGUAACCUCUGUGGAAAAACGACGACUAGGAAAGAUCAAAUUCUGGAACACAUUAAUAAACACCAUCCUAAUGCUGUUAACUGCGAUUUCGUUAUUACAGAACAUAAAAGAAGCGAUACUGAGAAAAAAGACUUUCCUACUGAAUAUAAAAACAAUUUUAAAAAUGAUCCAAGAAACGAAAAGGACAUGAAUGAACAGGGUAAUACAAUUAGAGGCAAAAUUGAAAGUGGUGAGGAGCAAAUUGAUUUCAGCUUUGAAAUGAACGAAGACGAAAGCACAAAAAUUGGCGAGGGGCGACCUUUUAAAACUAAGAAGAGAAUCGAAAUUUGCCUGUGUAAUCUUUGUGGGAAAGUGUUUAGACGAAAGGGGUACUUGAAAAACCAUAUGGCCAUCCAUGCCAAAAUCAAACCCUUUGAAUGCAAAAUUUGCGGGAAAGGAUUCACGCAGAGGCAUGCCCUAACAAGACACAAUUUAGUGCAUACAAAGGAACGACCGUUUCAAUGCAAUCUCUGCGGGAAGACCUUUACCAGAAAGGAGAUAUUAAUGGAUCAUUUAAAAAAUCACGAAGAAGGAAGCAAACCUUAUCUUUGUUUCCAUUGCGGAAAGUGUUUUUCCAACAAGGACUAUCUUAGCAAACACUUAAAAUACUACUUGCCCGGUAAAGGUAAAAAGAAAACCAACUCGGAAGAGAAAAAGUGCAUUUGUCCUCAGUGCGGAAAACAGUUACAUUCAGUGUCUUACUUAAAGACGCAUCUUCUGACACACACAGGAGAAAAACCGUAUGAGUGCAACAUAUGUGGGAAUAGGUUUACAGUUUUGAGGUCUUUGAAUCACCACUUGAAUAUUCACAAAGGUGUAAAGCCGUAUCAGUGCACGCAGUGUGACAAAGCCUUUCGAACGUCUGGUUCUCUGCGGAAACAUAUUUUACUUCACACGGGAGAAAGGCCUUUCAAGUGUACCAGCUGUGAAAAGGGUUUUAUCAGACGCAGCCAUUUGAAGAGGCAUUUGAGGAUACAUUAGUUGGUCAAACGUCGAUAAUGUAUGUUAAAAGAAUGUUGCCAAAUAAGCGAGAAAUAAGACUUAAUCCUUAAUAUUCCUGGUAUUAGCAUAGUAUGUUUCUAUAAAUAUAACCUGUGCAUGUCUCACA